GGUGUGCGAAGUAAAACGAACGCGAAAAACCUCUGUAAAUAAACGGCCGUGCGGGAUAGUUUUUAGUUUCUCAUCAACCAAAAACACACAUCACACUUAAGAUGCUGCAGCAGUGUCGAUAGAGGCUAACAGCAAUCCGGAAAGUAGUCGCAGCCGUUCUUUCUUCGAACAGGCCGUUUUGGUUUUAGAGAGAGUUACCUACAACACGUCAGCGCGGAGGUUUUCCUACCACCGGAGUGCAAAACGUUGCCCAAAUGAUGGAGGAAAAGCUAAAAUAUUCCUUCCUGCGCGAUCUUACCGAUGGCCAGAGUAUAUGGACCAGGAACGAAAAACGGACCUGGUUUCUGACGCUCAUCACUGGCACCUGCAUGUUGUACUCCACCCGCACCACCAUGCCACUGCUCGUACCGGCCGUGGCGGCCGAGCGGAAGUGGAGCAAAACCGACUCCGGGACGGUGCUCAGUUCGUUCUUCUGGGGCUACACGUUGACGCAGGUGCUUGGCGGCUACCUUAGCGACAAGUUCGGUGGCCAAAAAGUGAUACUGCUGGCCGCCAUCGGGUGGUCACUGAUCACCUUCUGGAUGCCGAACAUAAUCACCUCGUCGUCGCUGUUCGCGUCCUACUCUAUCCCGUUCAUAGUAACCAUUAGGAUAAUCAAUGGCGCCUGCCAGGGCGUCCACUUUCCCAGCAUGAUCAGCAUCACUAGUCAAAACCUGAGCGCGUCGGAGCGAGCCAGUUUUUUCAGCAUACUCACUUCCGGCUCGGCCCUCGGGACACUCCUAACCGGCAUCCUCGGUUCGUUCAUACUCGACUACUUCGGGUGGCCGACGGCCUUCCGGGUGAUCGGAUUCCUUGGACUCGCGUGGACACUCUUCCUGCGCUACUACACGAUGGCGUCCGAUCGGAGCCGGAUCAUCAACAUUUCCAUGCCGAGCCGGAUGUACUCGAAGCUCGGUACGCCCGAAACCGUCCCUUGGUUGCGCCUGUUCGAGCGGGGUUCCUUCUGGGCCUGCGUUCUGGCGCACGCCUGCGAGAUGAAUUGUUUCUUUGUACUACUUUCGUGGUUACCGACGUACUUUCACGAAAAUUUCCCACAAGCAAAGGGUUGGGUGGUCAAUAUGAUUCCCUGGCUGGCACUUCCGCCGGUAACUUUCGUAGGAAAACUGCUUACGGAACAUCUGCUAGCCAAGCAGUGGACCCUCACCCGAAUUCGGAAGGUCGUCCAGAGUAUAUGCUUUCUGGGGCAAAACUGUGCCCUGUUUGCCAUGUGCCGGACGCAAGAUUUUAAUAUGGCACUAACGUGCAUGUCAAUUAUAAUCGGUCUUUCGGGAUUCCACAACAGUGCGGUGACGGUGAACCCGCAGGAUUUAGCCCCCAGCCACUCGGGGAGUGUGUUCGGGUUAAUGAACACGGUCGGUGCGAUACCGGGCUUCCUCGGUGUGUACCUGGCGGGGCACAUUCUCGAACUAACUCAAUCCUGGUCGGCCGUUUUCAGUACGGCCGCCGCUAUUAACACCUUCGGGUGGCUCAUAUUUACCGUCUUCGGGUCAGCGGAAACGAUCGUCUAAAGCGAGAGCAUCAAUACCCCGUGCGUACCUCUUUUCUCUCUCUCUUUUUCUGUCGUUGUGCGCUUCGUCCAGGAAAUGUACCUCCGAUGGAGGUACACGGUUGGGUUGUAAUUUCAGUAUGAAAUGGAAACGAAAAGCCAAAACCAAAACCAAGCCCGUUGUGGGACCUUUAAUCCCCCCCGAUGGGUGUGUACAAUAUUGCCCACUCUUUUUCCCCAAUCUUAUUCCAACACGCCCUUAAAAUGAUAAACGUGUCCCUCGAAGGAUAUACACGACGCGACCCGGUACUAGAGCAAAAUUCAUUCCCGGACAGUGAACCGACCCGCAAUGAAACUUAUCCUACCAAAUUGACCCACUGAACGGGUGAUCAUAAAUGGCGGUAGUGAAGGGGAACUGCAAAAACUGUUAGAUAAUGUGAAAUCGAAGUAUAAAACAAAUAAAAAAAAACUAAAUUGAAUCAAUGUACAAAAAGUGGUUGAUGGUAAGGG